UCCCCCUUCUCUUUUUACCCCCAUGUUCCAUCGUAUUUACUGACUGCUUCUCACCUUGACCCUCCUCCUCGCUCUCUGUAUCCCUCUGCUGUCAUGUUUUUCACUCAGGAACUUCUUUCCAAGCGCGAUAGCGGCUUUGGUCUGCUAUGGCUCGCUGCUACUCUAGGCUCGAGAUCUGCUUUCAAGAAAUUACCCAAGCGCUCUGUUCUUAAUGCUGAUAUUGCUCAACUCUGUGACUUGAUUGCUGAACCUAUGGAACCCCUUGCUCUGCGUCUCUCAAGUAAUUUAAUGGUGGGCGUAGCCCGCGUCUACAAAGUGAAGCAAGAAAUGCUAUACACCGAUAUUACGAACUGCGUCACAUCGCUGAAGAAAGUCGUCGUCGAGCUGAGAUCCCUAAACGACGAUCAGCUGCAGAUGGCUCAGCCGACAGUCAGAGCUGGCGCCGUCACCUUGACCCUCGACCCCGCCAACACGUAUGCGGUAGACUUCGACACGCUCGUAGCCGAUUGGGACGAUUUCUUGAACAUUAAUCGCGGCAGCGAUGACCGCAUGGAACUGGACGAUGAUUACGAUCCGAAGGCGGGAAGGAAGGGGAGGGCCAAGGGAGGACCGGCUGUACUGGAAGACGAGGUCGUCCGCGGAGACAAGUACACCCUGCGAGAGCACCACGACCACCUACUGUCGGCCUCAUACGACUUGACAUUCAGCGGGGCGGACCCUUCCUCAUCCCAGGUCGACCACAGCUUCAUCCUCCAGGACGACAUUUUUGACGUACCGGAUGCCUUCGAUCUUGGCGGGCUGGGUGAUGAGCUCGCGCGCGAGCUGGGCGAAGGAUGGGGGGCUAGCCCUACUCGAGCGCGUGCGACUGAGCCUGGCGAGUUCGACGAUGAGUUCCGCAUGGAUGUGGACAUGUCGCAGCCCUUCAGCAUGCCAGAUCUUGUUGGCGAGUUCGGACCCAUCACAGUGCCGGAGACGCCGCGUAAAAAGCGGAGCGCUUCAGCUCGAGCCAAGGAAAAUCAGCCACCAUCGUCCGCACGCCGCAGUCGUCCGCCUUCCCGGGCGCUGACGCCGCGCGGCGUGAGCCCUGCGACCUCCUUCUCGCGUCAGUUUCUGUCGCAGGAGGAAGGAGCGGACCCUUUGCUAGAGACGACUCGCAAGAAUGACGAGCAGGUCAUUGGGCAGGCGCCGAAGAAGCUAAAGAGGGGCCGGCUUCUCCUUGAUGCGAGAACAGAAUUGUCCGACGAGGAACUGCGGAUGGCUCGUGAGCAGUACGUCGCGGGCCAAGCCAAGUUGAAGAAGGAGCAGGCCCAGAAGCAGGCGGAGAAGGCGAGCGAGAAGAUGAUUGAAGAACUCGUGUGGGGCGCUCCCAAUAUCGUGCAAGCCCCGGCUCUCGCAGACUUCUGGCAGGAGGCCUUCCGAGUACAGGUUGAAGCGAAGUCCGGGGAGAGUGAGGAUGCAGGCGGUCGUUCUAGGAAGCGGCGGCGUACAGGUCUAUCGCCCGUACACGAGGAGGACGAGGACCGUCGGUCUCCGGGCGCCUUCGCGGACAUGGAUGCUAUGCAAGGUGCAUACGAGGAAGACCAGCCAUUCUUCGGCAGGGGUGUCUCUGAACGGCAUUCGUCUGAGGACCCAGGCCAAGCGCGUCGGAUGUCGUCCAGGCCGGGCUCGCAGCUCGACUUCCUCGGGGCGCAAGCCGAGUUCAACAUCUCUUCGCAACGCAGCUCGCUCUUUCCAUGGGACCAUGCCGGCUUCAUGAGCUCUUCGGGAGCUCCUAUGCUCCCCGGAGAAGGCAGCGACAGGAUUAGCGUCGACCAGGUUUCCAUCCGACUUCCCGGCGGAAGGAACAGCUCUAUCGGGCCUCGCGAUGGCUCACUUGGCGGCAGCCUUCCUCCCAGCGUUGCCGGUGGACCUGGCGGCAGUGCAAUAGCUUUUAGUCCCGGCCCCGUCGGCGAGGAUUUUCGUUUUGAGGGUAAGAACUGCGACUUUGUCGGGGAGGAUGUGACUGAUACGAAUCGUCCCACAGUCGACGCAGUGCAGAAAGAGGCCUUCGAGUCGCAGUUGACGGACGCCAACUUGAUAACGCUGGAGAGGAACUCCUUUAACUUCCUGGAAUACGCGAGGAUGCAAAGCUUGACGCUUGGAGGGGGGAAGAGCCUCACCUUCGAUACUGUGGUUCCGAAGGAUACGAGUACGAGGCACGUCGCUGCUGCUGGAUUUUAUCAUUGCUUGGUGCUGGGUACGAAGAACUUGCUGCGCAUAGAUCAACAAGAGGCGUACGGAUCGAUACGACUUGAAGUCAUUUAGCUUGUACUUGCUAUAGAUGUUAGGAAUGCGUCACUUGAAGACACUUGUAGGCAUAGAAGCCAUAUUAUAGAAACC